AUGGAAAACAUCGACUACCAAUGUGGAGUUGACGCCAACGAUUUAAGUUUGGUUCCUGAUCUGGUACUCCCUCCGAAAUUCAAGAUGCCGGAGUUUGAAAAAUACAACGGGACUAGUUGUCCUGGAGCUCAUAUAACUAUGUUCUGUCGAAGAAUGACAGGAUACGUCAACAAUGAUCAACUGUUAAUCCAUUGCUUCCAGGACAGUUUGAUCGGGUCUGCAACCAGGUGGUACAAUCAACUGAGUCGCGCUAAAGUUAGUUCAUGGAAAGAUUUGGCGCAAGCUUUCAUGAAGCAAUAUGGCCAUGUGACAGACAUAACACCUGAUCGAAUUACGUUACAGAACAUGGAAAAGAAACAAAAUGAGAGUUUCAGGCAAUAUGCCCAACGAUGGAGGGAAGUGGCAACGCAAGUCCAGCCACCUCUUUUGGAAAGAGAGGUCACUAUGCUUUUCAUCAAUACGUUGAAGGCACCAUUCAUCAGCCACAUGUUGGGGAGUGCCACCAAGAGCUUCUCGGAUAUGGUAAUGUCCGGUGAAAUGAUCGAAAACGCAAUAAGGAGCGGUAAAAUAGAAGCAGGGGAAAACUUUAAAAGAUUAGCCCCAAGGAAAAAGGAUAAUGAAGUGAACAAUGUAAGCACAUAUAGCAAGAGCCAUUCAAAACCGAUUACCGUUGGCCCCCCAAAAAUGAUAACUCCCGGUUACCAGACCCCCUCAAGGCAGGAGCCCAACACAAGGCCCAACACAAGGACUAACACAGAGAGAUUUCAAUUUACGCCCAUUCCAAUAACCUACGGGGAAUUGUAUCAGAAGCUAUUCGAUGCGCACAUAGUGUCUCCACAUUAUCUAGAGCCCAUGCAACCACCAUACCCUAAAUGGUAUGACAUGAAUGCCCAGUGUGAAUACCAUGCGGGGAUAUCAGGGCAUUCGAUCGAGAACUGCACUGUGUUUAAAAAGGCAGUAGAAAGAUUCAUUAAGAUGGGGUUGGUAAAGCUUGAUGACCCAUCAGGACCGAACGUAGCAGGGAAUCCGUUACCCAAUCUGUCUGAUAAAGGGGUAAACGUAAUCAUUGAGAAUGGGGGAAGGAGGAUCAAAGAUGACAUUGCGAAGGUAAAUACCCCACUGAAAUGGGUUUGGAGGCAAAUGAUAAAUCGAGGCCUAAUCAAGCAAGAAUCAAAGCAAAGGCCUAAAGGAAUAGGGAGAUAUUGCGAGUUCCAUGCUAAAGAGGGCCAUGACAUUCAAAACUGUACUGAAUUCAGGGUCAUGGUACAGAAUAUGAUGGACAAUAAAGAGCUAAAAUUUUAUAAAGAGAUCAAAGGACUAGAAAAGAGAGAGGUCUAUGCCUCGGAGGAAGGACCCGCGAGAAAAGCUCAAAAUCGCCCGGUGGUGAUUAUUUCAAGACCAAGAAACACGGGAUCAGGAAUACAACUAGCGCCAAAGGUCAUAAUCCAAAAACCUGUAGCCUUUCCUUACCAGGAUAGCAAAAAGGUUCCUUGGAAUUAUAAUUGCAAUGUGAUGAUCCCGGGAGAAGAGAACCCGAUAAAUGCUUCAAAGGAGGGUAGUGAUGUAGGUUUCUAUACACGCAGUGGGAAACGCUACGACCCGGCAAAUACAAAAGAGGAGUCUAUGAAAGGAAAAGCUGUGCACAGUGAGUACAGCGUGGUGGAGCAAUUGCGUAAGCAACUGGCUCGUAUCUCAGUGCUCAAGUUACUUCUAAGUUCGGAGUCACAUCGUAAUGCGUUGAUAAAAGUGCUAAAUGAGACUUAUGUUGCUAACGAUAUCUCUGUGAGCAAGCUGGAUCGCUUGGUUAAUAACAUAAACGCCGAGAACUUCAUCUUCUUCAACGAUGAUGAGAUUCCGCCAGGCGGUAUGGGAUCUACCAAGGCCUUGCAUAUCACUGCCCGUUGCAAGGGGUGUACACUACCGGGGAUACUCGUUGACAAUGGAUCGGCACUAAAUGUUUUACCCCUAUCCACAUUAAAUAGGCUACUUGUGGAUAGUUCUCACAUGAAAUCAUGCCAAAAUAUAGUGAGAGCAUUUGAUGGCACUGAGAAAAGAGUGAUGGGAAGAAUCGAGAUACCUCUAUUGAUUGGUCCAAGUACAUACGAGGUGGACUUUUUGAGUCAGACCAUCGUCACUUCACCAAAAGGUGAAGUUGGUAGUAGAGGUCGAUUGGUGACUAUAGGUGCGAAGAAGACAUCAUUGCGGCGUUGCUCGGAAGAGGACUUGGAAAAUACCUGUGGAGGGCGGGUCAAUACCGAUCUGGUUAACAAACAGGACCGUUAUGGUUUGGGAUAUAAGCCUAAUGCGAGGGAAAGGAGGAAGGAGAUGGAGAAAAAGCAAGAAAAGAGAAGGACACGUUUGAGCGGGAUAGAAGCCAAAUGGGGACCGAUAACCUUUCCCCAUAUAUCUAAGACUUUUGUUUCGGAGGGAAUUGUCUACCCUGAGGAGAAGGAUGAGGUUACAGAAGGAAGGAUUGGAAGGUCUUCAGAUAUCAACAAGAUGAGCGACGCUGUUACUGACUCAGGAUCCCUUUUUGAACAAGACGUGAGUAUAGAUGAUCCUCAGGAUUUUGAAGAUGACCAAGACAGUGUUUUGUCUCCAGAUCUGUUGAGAAUGGUGGAGGAAGAAGAAAAACAAAUCCUACCCUAUAAGGAAUCAGUAGAAGUCGUGAGCUUAGAAGAGGUAAGGAAUGUAAAGAUUGGUACUGGCAUUACUAAGGAAACAAGGCGAGACCUCGUUGAGUUACUUCAAGAGUUUAAAGAUGUCUUCGCAUGGUCCUAUCAAGAUAUGCCGGGGUUGAGUACUGAUAUCGUGGUACACCGACUGCCUAUAAAGGAAGAAUGUAAGCCAGUUUAA